GUGAUUUCUGGGAAAAGGACCUCGGGGGAGUAGAAGUGAAACUUAGGGUGGGGACUGUAGAAAGGGGCGGAGAGAUCAGGAAGCUGCCCAGCCAGGAGCCGAGCUGAGGUCAGCAGAGCCCUGGGACAGCCGGCACAGCAGCUCAGGAUGGCAUCCGGCAGGGCACGCUGCACCAGAAAGCUCCGGAACUGGGUGGUAGAGCAAGUGGAAAGUGGGCAGUUCCCAGGGGUGUGCUGGGAUGAUGCCGCUAAGACCAUGUUCCGGAUUCCCUGGAAGCACGCAGGCAAGCAGGACUUCAGGGAGGACCAGGAUGCCGCCUUCUUCAAGGCCUGGGCGAUAUUUAAGGGGAAGUACAAGGAAGGGGACACAGAAGGCCCUGCUAUCUGGAAGACCCGUCUGCGCUGUGCUCUCAACAAGAGUCUUGAAUUUGAGGAGGUUCCUGAGAAUGGCCAUCGGGAUGGGGCUGAGCCCUACAAGGUGUAUCGGCUGCUGCCACCAGGAACCCUUCCUGCCCAGCCAGGGACCCAGAAAUCACCAUCAAAGCGACACCACAGUUCUGUGUCCUCUGAGAGGGAGGAGGAUGGGGGUGCCAGGAAGAACUGCAUACUCAGUCCCUCCUUGCCCCAGGACCCCCUCAAGAAUGAGGAGGUAGUGGCCAAUGGGGAUUCGGGCCAUUCAGACUUCGGGAGCAGCAGCAGCAGCAACAGCCCUGAGCCUCAGGAAGGUACAGACAAAACUGAGGCCCCUGUCCAAGGAGAUCAGGGGUCCCUGGAGCUUCUCUCCUCUCCAGACUCAGAGCCUUGUGCUGACCAGGUGGACCCCUGGGGAGAGGCACUGGUGCAGAUGGCCACAGACUACUCGCUGCUGCUCACCUUCAUCUACGAUGGGCGCGUGGUGGGUGAGGCCCAGGUGCAGAGCCUGGACUGCCGCCUCGUGGCUGAGCCCUCAGGCUCCCAGUAUGGCAUGGAGCAGGUAGUAUUUCCCAAGCCUGGCCCGCAAGAGCCCACCCAGCGCCUGCUGAGCCAGCUCGAGAGAGGCGUCCUGGUGGCCAGUAACUCCCGAGGCCUCUUCGUGCAACGCCUUUGCCCCAUCCCCAUCUCCUGGAACGCACCCAGGACCCCUCCUGGUCCAGGCCCGCAUCUCCUGCCCAGCAAUAAGUGCGUGGAGCUCUUCAGAACCACCCACUUCUGUAGAGACUUGGCCAGGUACUUCCAGGGCCUGGGCCCCCCACCCAAGUUCCGAGUAACACUGAAUUUCUGGGAGGAGAGCCCUGACCGCAGCCACACCCCAAAGAGUCUGAUCACAGUGCAGAUGGAGCAGGCCUUUGCCCGACAUUUACUGGAGGAGACUCCAGAGGAGCAGGCAGCCAUUCUGUCCUUGGUGCAGAGCCUGGGGAGCCCGCCGUCCUCCUCCCCUCUCUGCUCUCCUGUCUCCUUUGAAAGAGAUUCCUUCUCCACGUUGGCGACCGGCCUCCCUCAGUGCUAGUUCUCCAUGGUUGUCUGUGAUGAUUGCGUCCUCGAACUCCUCGUGUACCCUGGCUAGUGGGGAACUCAAGGAUGAUUUUUAUCCUUGUUUUUUUUAAUUUUGAAAUACACUGUCUAUCUCUGAGGAAUUGAACUGGGAAAGUCCAAAUGGGGUGAACUCAGGGCCUUUCCCUCUUCCCCAACCCCAGAACCAAGCACUUUAUAUUUUCUUCUUAGAUGUUCACUAAGGAUUUGAAAUAAAAUUUCAUUGAAAAAAG